AUGGAAGCGGAUUGCAUUCAAAGCGUCCGUCAGAGGCUGAUGGGCCUCGUGUGUCUUUCUGGACUAACCGAGGAGAUGUGGACGGAGGAGAACAUGAAGGCCCUGGAUCAGUUUGCUGUGGACACCUCCAUCCCCUGUGCGGUGGUCUACAUGCACCGAUUAAACGGGCUACAGGUGGACUACAGCACGCCUUCGCCCGCGGUGGUGGUUGAUGCGCUGGUGUACAUCCGUCGUAAGUCAGGAGCCCUCAUCAUAGAGGAGACCUUCGACGCGGCCGUGGAGUUUGACACGAUGCGGGGCGACCCCCUCGAGAGGCUGAUCGAGGACUUGACCCUCUUGCACGCCCCCCAAGUUUUCCACAGCCCUUUCAAUAAGCCGAUUAAGGACGAAUAUACCAGGGAACUGCACUGCUUCCUCGCUGGCUUUACUGAUGAGCUGUUUAAGAAGACAGGAAAAACAGUUCUGUACAUCCCCAUGGAAGCCCAGCAGUUUCCCGCUGAGGAGGCCAGCAGGGACAAGAAGCUGGUGCAGAGAAUGGAGAUUAUGAUGAUCCACUGGAGCGGUCAGAUCAAAGAGGUGCUGAACGCCCAUAAAAUCGUGGACUCGAGGGACAACUGCGGCCCGCUGCAGGAGAUCGCGUUCUGGGAGAGCCGCUGCACGAAGCUGUCGGAGAUCAGCAAGCAGCUGGAAGAGCCCGAGGUCAAGCACGUGGAGAGGAUCGCCGAACUUGCCAAGAGCAUAUACCUGCAGCGGUUUCGCGAGCUCGCCACGGAGAUACAGGAAUGUUCAACCCAGGCGAAGUCGAACAUCUCCAACCUGUUCUUGCUCAAGGAGCCCUGUGAGGAGCUUUCCCGGCUCAAGCCGCGAGAUUUGACUAAAAAGCUGUACUACAUCAUCAUUGUCAUUCGAACCAUCUGGAAACACGCGCCCUACUACAACAGCAGCGAGCAGAUCACCGGGCUCUUCUGCCAGAUGAGUAAUGAGAUCAUCCGUCUGUGCAGCCAAAGCAUCUCUCUGGAUGGGAUCUUCGAGGGCCGAGUGUUAUCCAGCAAGCAGGUCCUGGACGACUGUAUCCAGUGCUGCCAGUCCUGGAAGGACACUUACCUGCACCUCUCGCAGCUUCAUCACAAGUAUUCUGACAUGGGCUGGGUCCUGGACCAAUCAAGGUUCUUCGGGGGGAUCGACGCCUUCAUCAUGAGGCUGCAGAACCUGCUGGAGUUUUGUGACUGCCAGCACCAGUUUGCCCGCUGGGAGGACGGCAGGCAGAGAGUCACGCCCAUCUUCAGAGGCAGCACGGGCCCAGAGCUCAACCGCAAGCUGCAGAAGAUGGAGACCAGCUUCCAGCAGGCACUGCAGAACCUGCGCUCCUUUGACAAGGGGGCCCUCGACGUCAAGGAUCCCACGUGGUCCAAGGAGUUCAACAGGUUCUGUUCAUUUGUGAAGGAUCUGGAAAUGAUGACACAGGAGCUGAUCAACUCGGCCUUCAAGACCGUCAACACAGUUGAGGAAGGAGUCCGGCUUCUGAACAUUUUCAGUGCGGUGGCCACGCGCAAGGCCUUGAGGCGCUUAUUGGAGGAGAAGUCGGUGCAGGUGUACGACGUCUUCAACACAGAGCUCAGGAUAGUGACCAAGGUGCUCAACCAGGCGAAGUAUUGCUACCCCGAUCACGUACCGAGAAUCGUGGGACCUGUCAUGUGGGCCAGGGCUGCCAAGCAGAGCUUAGAAAGAAACAUGGAGAUCCUCAAGAGCGGUCCCGUCAUGUCUGACUCUCCCGGCCGCAAAGAGAUAUUUUUCACCUUCGGCCAGACGGUCCAGGCCCUGGCGGAGAUCGGCCCCAAAAACUACUUUGAAUGGAUCCAGAGUUUGGAUGGACAGUACCUGAUGAAACUGCAGCAGACUCUCCUGGCGCGCUGCGAAAGCGAUCCCUCCAGGCUGGAGAUCAACUUCGACAGCAACCUGUUGAGGCUCUUCUCUGAGGUCCAGUACUGGGAGCGAAUGGAGUUCGAGAUCCCGCAGAUCGUGACGGACAUGUACCAGAGCAGGGAGGAGAUCCUGCUGCUCCGGGAGAAAGUGCUGGUGCUCAUCAGGAACUACAACAGGAUUAUUGGAAUGCUCUCUCAGGACGAGCUGGGUUUGUUCCGGGAGCAGGUCCGCUUCAUUGACAGGAAGAUCAAGCCCGGCAUGACCAAGCUGCUGUGGUUGUCUCAAGGAGCCUCCAACCACUUCAUCAACGAGUCCCUCGUCCACAUUGACAAGGUGCAGUCGGUGGUGGAUGGUUACAAAGUUUCCAACCAGUCCAUCUCCAACCUCUGCAGGAAGAUUAGCGAGACGCUGCUGGUUAAAAUAGACGGGAAGACCGUGUACAGAAACCUGGAGUUUGAGGACGACCAGAAGGCCCACCAGCAGAGCCGUCUCCAGACGCUGCGCUCCACCCACCAGGAAAUAGUUCACAUCUUGACUCAGAGUCACAGCGUCUUUGCCAACGACGGAGCUGAGGUCCAGGAGCACUGGGCGGCCUACACGGAGAAGGUGGACCGCAUGGUGGAAAAGGCUUUCCGGUUAAACAUCAAGGACUCCAUGAAGAAACUGUGCAGAGCCGUCACCGGGGACAACAAGUCCUCGCCCAGCUCGCUCUUCAAAGUCCUCGUAGCGCUGCGCCAGACGUCUCCUCAGAGCACCCCGAAGCUGGAGUUUUCGCCGGCUCUGGGGAAGCUCGGACAGCUUGUGAACGUCUUGCCGCAGCUCAUCUGCAUCGUCUCCGAAUUUAAGCGCCUCCCCGAGCUUCUCUCCUCCAGGGAGUCUCACUCUAACCCCAUCCACGUCAACAUAGAGCAAGACGAAGAGAUUAAGAGGACCCAGGCUGCGGUCACGGCGGGGAUGUCGGCCAUCUCCAGACAGCUGGAGGCCUAUUUGAGUUGCUGGACCAAGUACCGGUCCAUCUGGGAGACUAACAAAGACAACUUCAUGCAACGCUACAGGAGAGCCAACACUUCGGUGUCUUCUUUUGAUGCAGAUAUACAAAGGUACUCGGAGAACGCCAGCAGCAUUCAACAGGAGGAGACGGUGGUCACCAUCCAGUUUGUGAUGCUGGACUGCUCUCCCCUCAAGUCGUCCCUGGUGCAACAUUGCAGCGAGUGGCAGAAAAAGUUCACUCAGCUUCUCAGUCAGAUGGCCAGCAGCUGUCUGCAGGAGCUUUACGCCUCCAUGCAAAGCAAUGGCGACAGGCUGAUGAAACCUCCCCAGACACUGGAGGGGCUCAGUGACAGCCUAAGCCUUCUGCAGACUCUCAAGGGCAAUUUGGCCAAGACAGAAGCCCAGAUUCCUCUCAUCCAUGAGCGCUUUGCCAUCCUCGACAAAUACGAAGUCUCUGUGGAAAAUAGCGUUCAGGCCAUGCGCGAGGAGCUAAAUGAGAAGUGGGUUUGGUUCCAGAACGUGUUGAUCCGCAGUGAGGCCGCGCUGAACAAGGACAAGGAGAAGUUUAAAAACCACCUCGUUCUCUCCUUUGAGGAGUUCAAGAAGAAGAUCGAGGCCGCCGCGCAGGAGUUCGGCGUCAAAGGUCCCUUUCAGAGCACCUUAAGCUCCCAUGUGGCCUUGAAACAAAUAGAGGAACAUCGCGCCCAACUGGAGGCUCUAAAACAAGAGCAGGACACCAUCUUCAGCGGGCUGGCCUUCUUCAGAAUCGAGCAGCCUCCCUGUAAAAUGAUCCGGACGACGGAGAAGGACCUGGAUCAGCUCCAGCAGGUCUGGGAGAUCUACCAGGAAUGGGACGAGAACUGGAACAACUGGAAGGGCCUCCAUCUGUCAAAGCUGGAGACCCAGAGCAUAGAGGCCACCACCCAGGAGAUGUUCAAGAAGCUGCACAUCCUUCAGAGAGAGCUCAAGGACAAAGAUUGGGACAUAGUUAAUUUCUCCAAGACGAAGAUCGAAAAGUUCAAGCAGAUCAUCCCUCUGAUUACUGAUCUGAGGAACCCGGCCAUGAGAGACAGACACUGGAGGCAGAUCUGUGAGGAGCUGGAGCGCUCCUUUGACCACACCAGUGCUGAAUUCACUCUGGAGAGGAUCAUCUCCCUGAACCUGGAUCAUUACGCCGCUACAAUCUCUGAGAUCUCUGGAGCUGCCAGCAAGGAGCUCUCCAUAGAACAGGGACUGGACAACAUAGAGAAGACAUGGGAAGAAAUAUUCCUGGACAUCAUACCGUACAAAGAGGAGGGCCACUUCCGGCUGAGGGGGACUGAAGAUGUUUUCCAGACGCUGGACGAUAACCAGGUUAUUCUGUCCACAAUGAAGGCGUCUCGCUUUGUGAAGGCCUUCGAACGAGAGGUGGACCAGUGGGAGCGGCAGCUCUUCCACGUGCUGGAAGUAAUUGAAAUGAUCCUCGCAGUGCAGCGAAACUGGAUUUACUUGGAGAACAUCUUCCAAGGGAAAGACAUCAGGGAUCAGCUUCCUAACGAGUGCAGAGAGUUUGCAGCCGUCAGUGACAACUGGAAAACCAUAAUGGGCCGUCUCUACAAGGAGCAGAAGGCCUUGCAGGGAACACAUUAUCCCGGCUUGCUAGAGAAUCUGUCCGACAUGAGCACCAAGCUAGAAGAAAUCCUGAAGGCCUUAGACAUAUACCUGGAGACCAAGAGGCAGAUCUUCCCGAGGUUUUACUUCCUGUCAAACGACGACGUUCUGGAGAUCCUGGGACAGUCCCAGAACCCCGAAGCCAUGCAGCCUCACAUGAAGAAGUGUUUCGACAACAUCAAGAGGCUCCAGCUUGACAAGAAAUAUAACAACCAAAGAACCGACGGGAUGUACUCAGCAGACGGGGAGUUCAUUGCCUUCAACAAACCAAUGCAGCUGGACAAGCCAGUGGAGCGUUGGCUGUGUGACAUUGAGAAGAUCAUGCGGAGGACUCUGAAGGCCUAUCUGUUCGAUUGCAUUGGCGAUCUAAGGAAGGUUACAGGACCACGAGACAAAUGGGUCAAACAGUGGCCAGGACAGUUGGUAAUCACAGCGAGCCAGAUCAAGUGGACGUCCGAGGUCACCAGAUCCCUGGCCAUCAACAAGGAGAGAGCUGACAAAUCUUCCCUGAAGUCCCUAAAGAAGAAACAGGUCUCUAUGCUCCAAAGCUAUUCGGAGAUGAUCUGUGGCGACCUGCCCAAAAUCCUGCGUCUGAAGGUGGUGGCACUGGUCACGGUCGAGGUGCACGCUCGGGAUGUUAUUGACAAGCUGGCCAAGAGUGAUUGCAAUGAUGUCAACUCGUUCGAGUGGCUCUGCCAGUUGCGACUGUACUGGGAAAAGGACAAGGCUGAAGUUCACGACUGCUUCAUCCGCCAGACCAACACGCAGUUUAAAUACGGCUACGAAUACCUGGGAAACUCUGGACGGCUGGUCAUCACUCCACUCACGGACAGGUGUUACAUGACUCUGACCACGGCGCUCCAUCUCCAUCGCGGCGGCUCUCCUAAAGGCCCAGCCGGCACAGGGAAGACGGAGACGGUGAAGGACUUGGGCAAAUCCCUGGGCAUGUAUGUCAUCGUCGUCAACUGCUCCGAAGGACUGGAUUACAAGUCAAUGGGACGCAUGUUCUCCGGCCUUGCUCAGACAGGAGCGUGGGGGUGCUUCGAUGAGUUCAACCGCAUCAACAUCGAGGUGCUGUCGGUGGUGGCCCAGCAGAUCCUCUCCAUCCUGUCCGCCCUCUCGGCUGGGAUGUCUCUGUUCCAGUUUGAAGGGCAGCAGAUCCAGCUGGUCCAUUCGUGUGGCGUCUUCAUCACCAUGAAUCCCGGGUACGCUGGCCGCACGGAGCUUCCUGACAACCUCAAGUCCAUGUUCAGACCCAUCUCCAUGGUGGUGCCAGACUCUACCCUGAUCGCUGAAAUCCUGCUGUUUGGAGAAGGCUUCAAAAACUGUAAGCUCCUGGCGAAGAAGGUAUUCACGCUGUACUCCCUGGCAGUGCAGCAGCUCUCCAAACAGGACCAUUAUGAUUUUGGUCUUCGCGCGCUCACCUCCUUGCUUCGCUACGCUGGAAGGAAACGGCGCCUUUCCCCCAACCUUGCAGAUCAGGAAAUCCUUCUGAUGGCUAUGAAGGACAUGAACAUCGCUAAACUGACCUCUGCAGAUCUCCCACUGUUUAACGGGGUCAUCCAGGACUUGUUCCCUGCUGUGGAAACGCUGACAAUAGACUACGGCAAGCUGAAAGACGCGAUCGAGGCAGAGGUUCGGCGGAGUGGCUUGCAGGUCACUCCUUUCACGGUGACUAAAGUCAUUCAACUUUACGAGACCAAAAACUCUCGACACUCCUCCAUGCUGGUUGGCAAGACGGGCAGCGGCAAGAGCGUCACCUGGAGGAUCCUGCAGCAGGCCCUCACCACUAUGAAGCAGAAAGGAGAGCCUGGCUUUGAGCUCGUUCACGCCUUUCCUCUGAACCCAAAGUCGAUCAGUCUUGGAGAGUUGUACGGAGAAAACGACCUUUCUACUAACGAGUGGACGGACGGAGUGCUGUCCUCCAUCAUGAGAUCGGCCUGUGCAGACGAGAAGUGCGACGAGAAGUGGAUCGUGUUCGAUGGGCCUGUGGACACGCUGUGGAUUGAGAGCAUGAACUCUGUCAUGGACGACAACAAAGUGCUCACGCUCAUAAACGGAGAGAGAAUCUCCAUGCCUGAGGAGGUGUCUCUCCUGUUUGAAGUGGAGAACCUGGCCAUGGCCUCUCCGGCUACAGUGUCCCGCUGUGGAAUGGUCUACAACGACUACGUUGAUCUCGGAUGGAAGCCGUUUGUGCAGUCCUGGCUGGAAAAGCGAGACAAAGCUGAAGCGGAACAUCUGAAACAUGCGUUUGAUAAAUUUCUGGAGUCCACUCUGAACUUUAAGAAGACCAACUGUAAGGAGUUGAUCCCCAUCACUGAACUCAACGGUGUCACGUCCCUCUGCCGCCUCUACGACUCCCUGGCGACGCCCACCAACGGGGUGAAUACCUCAGACACUGGGAACCUGGGCAGGGUGGUGGAGCUCUGGUUCACCUUCAGCCUCAUCUGGUCCGUCUGCGCCUCCUUAGACGAGGACGGACGUAAGAAGGUGGACAACUACCUGCGAUCGAUAGACAUCACCUUUCCUGUCAAGGACACGAUUUUUGAGUACUACGUGGACUCGAAGAAUAAAGCCUGGGUUUCUUUUGAAGAGCAGCUCCCAAAAGGUUGGCGCUACAAUCCUUCUGCUCCGUUCUAUAAGAUCAUGGUUCCUACGGUGGACACAGUCCGCUAUAACUUGCUGGUUCAGGCUCUGGUGCUGAACCAGCACCCGGUGUUGCUCACUGGACCCGUGGGGACUGGAAAAACCUCCGUGGCCCAAAGCGUCCUGCAGGGCUUGGGCAAAAAGUGGACUUCGCUCACUAUCAACAUGUCUGCUCAGGUAACCUCCAACAACAUCCAGGCCAUCAUAGAGAGCCGGACAGAGAAGAGAACCAAAGACGUGUUUUUCCCAGUUGGCGGGAAGCGGAUGCUGUGUUUUCUGGAUGACCUCAACAUGCCGGCCCACGACCUGUUUGGCUCCCAGCCGCCGCUGGAGCUGCUGCGCUUUUGGAUCGACUACGGCUUCUGGUACGACCGCAAGAAGCAGACACUAAAGUAUGUCAAGGACAUGUUCUUGCUGGCAUCCAUGGGACCUCCUGGUGGAGGAAGGACUCAGAUCUCUGCUCGAUUUCAAAGUAGUUUCAACCUCAUCAAUAUGACCUUUCCAAAUGAGUCCCAGAUCAAGAGCAUUUUCAGCACCAUGAUCAACCAGAAGCUGCAGGUCUUUAAGGAGGAGGUAAAGCCAGUAGGAGAUAUGGUGACCCAGGCCACUUUAGAGCUCUAUAAUGCCGUCACUGCGGCUUUUCUGCCCACUCCGGCCAAGAUACACUACCUCUUCAACCUCAGAGACAUCUCCAAGGUUUUCCAAGGUCUGCUAAGACUUAACCCGGACUACCAAGACACGCAGAAUGACGUCACCAGACUGUGGAUCCAUGAGUGCUUCAGGGUGUUCUCGGAUCGACUCGUGGACCAAAGGGACAUAAACACCUUCAUAGCUCUGCUGGAGGAAAAGCUGGCCUCUCUCUUCAAUCUCACCUUCCACAACAUCUGCCCAAACAAACAGCCGCCCAUAUUUGGGGAUUUUAUGAGUGACUCCUCUGCAUAUGAAGACAUUGUGGACGUGAAGACGCUGAAGAAGUUCAUGGAAACGCAGCUAGAGGAUUACAACCUGACGCCUGGAGUUGUUCCCAUGAGCCUCGUGCUCUUCAGAGACGCCAUCGAGCACAUAACCCGCGUCGUACGUGUGAUCAGCCAGCUAAGGGGCAACAUGCUCCUCGUUGGUAUCGGGGGCUCCGGCAGACAGAGUAUCUCCAAGAUGGCCGCCUUCAUCUGUGGCUACCAGGUCUUCCAGGUGGAAGUGACCAAACAGUACCGCAAGCAGGAGUUCAGAGAAGACAUCAAGAAGCUCUACCGUCUAGCCGGUGUGGACAACAAGCCCACGGUCUUUCUCUUCAACGACACGCAGAUUGUGGACGAAGCCUUCCUGGAGGACAUCAACAACAUCCUGAGCUCUGGAGAAGUGCCAAACCUCUACAAGCCAGAUGAGUUCGUAGAGGUGUGUAACGCGCUGUCAGAGUUUGCCAGGAAGGAAAAGGUGGUGGAGACCCCUGAUUCGCUGUUCAGCUACCUGAUCGAACGAGUCAGGAACAACCUGCACAUAGUUCUCUGCAUGAGCCCAGUGGGAGAACCCUUCAGGAACCGCAUCCUGCAGUACCCAGCGAUAGUAAACUGCACCACCAUUGAUUGGUUUUCUGAGUGGCCCAAAGACGCCCUGCUGGAGGUGGCGGAGAGGUACCUGGACGGACUGGACCUGGGCUCUGUGGAAGGGAUCCACAGGAAGGUCGCCGGUAUCUUUGUGACCACCCACCAGUCUGUGGCACAGGUCUCCCAGAGGAUGAAGGUGGAGCUGAAGAGAUAUAAUUACGUAACCCCCACCAACUACCUGGAGCUGGUGUCUGGAUAUAAGAAGCUGUUGGGGGAAAAGCGCAGCGAGUUGGGGGAGCAGGUGAGCAAGCUGCGAAACGGCCUUUUUAAAAUCAGCGACACCCGGGAGAAAGUGGAGGCCAUGAGCGUGGAGCUGGAGGAGGCCAAGAAGCAGGUGGUGGAGUUCCAGAAGCAGUGCGACCAGUACUUAACCGUCAUUUUAAAGCAAAAGGCGGAGGCUGAUGAACAGCAGAGGAGGGUGGGUGAGAAUAGCGAGAAAAUCCAAGCGGAGGAGUUUCAGUGUAAAGCCAUGGCUGAUAAUGCGCAGACGGAGCUGGACAAGGCCCUGCCUGCUCUGGAGGAGGCCCUGAAGGCCCUGGAGUCUCUGAAUAAGAAGGACAUGACAGAGAUCAAGUCUUACGGCCGUCCUCCAGCGCUGGUGGAGACUGUGAUGCAAGCCGUCAUGACCCUGCUUGGCAAAGAGCCGACCUGGGCCGAAGCCAAGAGACAGCUGGGCGAGCCCAACUUCAUCAAGACGCUGAUCAACUUUGACAAGGACAAUAUAUCGGACCGCGUUUUGAAGAGGAUCGGUCAGUACUGCCGGCAGGGGGACUUCCAUCCAGAGAUCAUCGGGAAAGUGUCCCUCGCUGCUAAGUCCCUCUGCAUGUGGGUCAGAGCCAUGGAGGUGUAUGGACGCAUCUACCGGGAUGUGGAGCCGAAGCGGGCGCUGCUGAACACUGCCAUGAGUCAGUUAGCAGAGAAGGAAGCUGCCCUGGCCGACGCGCAGAAAAAGCUACAAGAGGUGGCGGAUAAGCUAGACGAGCUUAAAAAGCAACAUGCUGAGAAGCUGGCCAUGAAGGAGACCUUGAGAAAGAAAUCUGAGGAGAUGGAGCUGAAACUGGACCGAGCGGACAAACUGGUGACGGGACUGGCCGGGGAAAGGGUCCGCUGGGAGGAGAGAGUUACCGGUCUUGAGGAAAACAUGAGAUACCUUGUUGGAGACUGCUUGCUCGCCUCUUCGUUCCUGUCCUACAUGGGGCCCUUCCUGUCCAAUUAUAGAGACGAGCUGCUCGUUAUCUGGAUGAAAGAGGUUCAGGAUUUGCAGAUCCAAUGUUCCCCAGGAUUCAGUUUUGCGGUAUUUCUGUCCAAACCAACAGCGGUGAGGAGCUGGAAUAUCCAGGGGCUGCCCUCUGAUGCGUUCUCCACUGAGAAUGGAGUCAUCAUCACGCGUGGGAACAGAUGGCCACUGAUAGUAGACCCUCAAGGCCAGGCUCUGAAGUGGAUCAAAAAUAUGGAGAUGGAAAAGGGUCUAAAACUAAUCGACUUUCAAAUGCCAGACUACAUCCGGGUGCUAGAAAAUGCCAUCCAGUUUGGGAAUCCUGUUCUGCUGCAGAACGUCCAGGAGGAAAUAGAUCCUUCCCUCAACCCUGUUCUCAACAAGUCCCUGACGCGUAUAGGUGGCAGGCUGCUGUUGAAGCUCGGCGACAAGGAGUUGGAAUACAAUCCCGAGUUCAGAUUCUAUAUCACCACCAAGCUGUCUAAUCCCCACUACACACCGGAGAUUUCUUCAAAGACCACCAUAGUUAACUUCGCUGUCAAGGAGCAGGGUCUGGAAGCCCAGCUGCUGGGGAUCGUGGUGCGUAAGGAGCGUCCAGAACUGGAGCAGCAGAAGGACUCUUUGGUCAUCAGCAUUGCUGCUGGCAAGAAGAGUCUGCAGGACCUGGAGGAUGAGAUCCUCAGGCUGCUGAACGAAGCCAGUGGCUCUCUGCUGGAUGACGUACAGCUGGUAAACACCCUGCAGGCUUCCAAAGUGACGGCCAGCAAGGUUUCAGAGCAGCUGGAGAGCAGCGAACAGACCAAGCUGAAGAUCGACUCGGCCAGAGAGGCGUACCGUCCAUGUGCUCAACGAGCCUCAAUUCUCUUCUUCGUCCUAAACGACAUGGGCCUCAUUGACCCCAUGUAUCAGUUUUCCCUGGACGCCUAUAUCAACCUGUUCACCCUCAGCAUAACAAAGAGCAAGCAGACCUACACCUUGAAGCUCGAGGAUCGGAUUAACAGCCUCAAUGACUACCACACCUACGCCGUCUACAGGUACACCUGUCGGGGACUCUUUGAGGCCCACAAGCUCCUCUUCAGCUUCCAGAUGUGCGUCAAAAUCCUGGAAGUGGCCGGCAAGCUCAACAUGGACGAGUACAGCUUCUUUCUUCGAGGAGGAAUCGUUAUUGAUAAGGACGUUCGGAUGGAUAAUCCAUUCCCCAGCUGGCUGUCAGACCCGUCCUGGGACAACAUCAUAGAGCUGGAUAAGUUACCCAAGUUUCAUGGCAUCGUGGCCUCCUUUGAACACUAUCCUCGAGACUGGAACCUCUGGUUUACCAACCCUGAGCCAGAGAGAGCACCACUGCCAGGUGACCUGGAGUACAGCUACAACGAGCUCCAGAAGAUGCUAAUAGUGCGCUCCCUACGCCAGGACCGCGUGUCGUUCUGCAUCACCUCCUUCAUCGUUCACAAACUGGGGGCCUGCUUCGUGGAGCCGCCCGUCCUCGACAUGAAGGCGGUGGUGGAGGAGUCCACCUGCUGCACUCCUCUGAUCUUUGUGCUGUCUCCUGGAGUGGACCCCACAGGAGCGCUGCUGCAGCUGGCCGAGGCCUCGGACAUGAGCAAACGCUUUAACGCUCUGUCUCUGGGCCAGGGACAGGCGCCCAUCGCCAGGAGCCUGAUAAUGGAGGGAGUGAAGAGCGGUCACUGGGUGUUCCUCGCCAACUGCCACCUGUCUCUUUCAUGGAUGCCGGAGCUGGACAAGCUAAUAAAGCAGCUGCAGGUGCAGAAGCCGCACCCGGACUUCAGGCUGUGGCUCAGCUCUUCACCGCACCCCGACUUCCCCAUCACCAUUCUGCAGGCCGGCAUCAAGAUGACCACCGAGCCGCCAAAGGGCGUGAAGGCCAACAUGAAGCGUCUGUUCCAGCUGGUGAAUGAAGCUCAGUUCAGCCGCUGCACCAGACCGCCGCUCUACAAGAAGCUGCUGUACUCCCUCUGCUUCUUCCACAGCAUCCUGUUGGAAAGGAAGAAGUUCCGGCAAAUGGGCUGGAACAUCGUGUACAGCUUCAACGAUUCAGACUUUGAGGUGAGCGAGAAUCUGCUCUGUUUAUACCUGGACAAAUACGAGGAGAUUCCCUGGGAUGCGCUCAAGUACCUGAUCGCUGGCGUCAACUACGGUGGCCACGUCACAGACGACUGGGACCGGCGCCUGCUGACCACCUACAUCAACGACUACUUCUGCGAGGCAGCCGUGAAUCAGAACUACUACAAGUUAUCGAGCUUACCCACCUACUACAUCCCCCGCGACGGACCCCUGACAGGCUUCCUGGAGCACAUCAACGCGCUGCCGCCCACGGAGCACCCCGAGGUGUUCGGACAGCACCCCAACGCCGACAUCGCCAGCCAGAUCGCGGAGACCCGCACGCUGUUCGACACGCUGCUCUCCUUGCAGCCGCAGAACACGGGGGCCACGACGGCGGGGGCCAGCAGAGAGGACACGGUCUUGGAGCUGCUGGGAGAUGUUCGUAGCAAGAUCCCGUCUCUGAUUCACUGCGAGAGCACCAAGACCCUCCUCCAGGACAACCCAUCACCCCUCAAUGUGGUCUUACUCCAAGAGAUCCAGAGAUAUAACUCCCUGCUGGAAACCAUCAUUUCAUCUCUGGUGGAGCUGGGGAAGGGCAUCAAAGGCUUCGUGGUGAUGUCGCCACGCAUGGAGGAGACCUUCAACUGUAUGUACGACGCCCGGGUGCCCCCGCUGUGGGAGAAGGUGUAUCCGUCUCUGAAGCCCUUAGCCGCGUGGACGCGGGAUCUCUGCCAGCGAGUGGAGCAGUUCGCACGCUGGGCGGAGAAGGGCCAGCCCCCCGUCCUGUUCUGGCUGCCGGGCUUCACCUUCCCCAACGGCUUCCUCACCGCGGUGCUGCAGUCCACGGCGCGGCAGCACAACAUCUCAGUGGACACGCUGUCCUGGGAGUUUAUAGUGUCCACCGUCGACAACAGCAACCUGCUCACCCCGCCAGAGGACGGCGUGUACGUGAAAGGCUUGUACCUGGAGGGGGCCGGCUGGGACAUGAAGAACUCCUGCCUGGUGGAAGCUGAGCCCAUGCAGAUGGUCUGUCCGAUUCCCACCAUCUACUUUAAACCAGUGGAAAACCGCAAGAAGAUGUCCAAGAGCAUGUUCCUGUGUCCGUGUUACUACUUCCCGGUGCGCGCUGGCAGAGCCGGGCUGCCGUCCUUUGUGGUCGCCGUUGAACUCAAAUCCGGAGCUGUGACGCCAGACCACUGGAUCAAGAGAGGAACCGCUCUCCUCAUGAGUCUGGACCACUAAAAGCUUUUGUAUUGUUAUUAUUUCCCUUUCUUAUUUAAUGUUGUUCACCGAAUGUUAUAGUUCUGAAUAAUAAAGCAGACGAAUGCCAUUAAAAGCCA